GUAUGUUUUAGAUUAGCCGCAGAAAUGACGACUUUCAACUCCUACCAGGACGAUGUUGUCCCCGCGGUUGUCCCCUGUACGACAAGUGCCAACUCCUAUCAGGCUGUCGCCAGCCCUGUGGCUCUCCAAGUCCCAGGGCCUCCACCGAGCUCCUGCAGAAUGUGGACACGGAUUGCCCUUGCGAUCAUCGGGGAAAUAGUCGGAGUAGCAGGCGGGGUUGCCUUCAUUUUGAAGUUCGUGAAUUAUGAUGCCGGAGCCUGGGCGUUGGUGUCUGCUGUGUUUGCCGGAGUCACAUUAUACGUCCACAUUCAGUAUAUGCGUGAGUUCUGGAAGACGUGGGUUUACCGCCUCCGCUACCUGAUGUUGACGGGAUGUUUUGUCAUGACGGCGGGUCUCUGUGGCUUCGUUGCCUAUCUGACAUUGGCGAUCUAUCAAGGACAUGAAUUUUCCGUCUAUGGUCAAAAUUACUACAUCGUGAUCGUGUGGUGCUUCAUGACGUUCAAAUGGGGUGCGGCGUUGUUCUACUACUCGCGAUCGUACCGGAAUCUUUACGCCGAUGAAUACAAACUCCCGUACCAGAAAUUAUAGAAGUUGACGAACGUUGAUGCUUAUCUGUGAUUCAUUAACAUAAAAUCUCGUUAUUUUUACGGCCCUGUGAGUUUGCGAAAGCGUCCUUUGCAGAUCUUGGUGUGAUCUAUUUCCGCAAAUUGGCACAUUUUCCAAUGUUAAAACAAUUUAAGGGUCAUCAUUUUCAUACCUCGGAGGUUUGCGAUUAAACCCCCUCUCUGAACAGGAAGCCCAAGUUCAGGGUCCGGUUGUUAGAAAGCAUGUUAGCUUAUAACAUCAUGUUGACAUGUUGUUUCAUGUACAUCAAUGCACAUGUACAACAUGUCAGCAUGAUGUUAUGCGCUCAUGUUGUUUCAUGUACAUCAAUGCACAUGUAACAACAUGUCAGCAUGAUGUUAUGCGCUCAUGUUGUUUCAUGUACAUCAAUGCACAUGUAACAACAUGUCAGCAUGAUGUUAUGAGCUCAUGUUGUUUCAUGUACAUCAAUGCACAUGUAACAACAUGUCAGCAUGAUGUUAUGAGCUCUCUAACAACCGGACCCUGGUGGCUAAACAUUACAUUUUGUCUAAAGCAUGUAUAAAAGGGAUUUCGCCUUAGACCUUGUGUUAAGUUACAGUUGCCGAGCCAAUAACUUGCAACGAGAUUGAUCAAAUGCCUGUAAAGAACUCCAAUUGCUCGGUGUUCGCCUCUCAGGUUUUUGAGUCCAGUUAGAUUUGUUGUGGACUAAGAAUGAUCUCAAAAGAAAGUACUUUUGCUUAUCUUGCUUGAUAUAUGCCCAACUUGUAUAACAGUGCUCACAACAUGUGCUGGCAAAGUACAUACAGUAUAGACUCAUCAUGUAUUAAAAUCUAUUCUCAUUUCUGUGUUGGAAGGUGAAAGACAGAUACCUUGUUUCAUGUGAAAAAGUGCAGGGCAAGUACAUGUAUUUUGUUUAGAAUGAAUAAAGACUAUAGUCUUUAUCUUUAUUUAGUCUUGAUGUUAAGUAUUUAUGGACAUUUAUACGGCUGAACAGCUUGUAAACGAUAAUAAAAUUUGAUGCUGCAAAAACCAGAUAACCAUUAUUUUCCUCGAAAUUGAGUAAUUUAUUGAUCCUUUUGUUCGUUGGACUUCCACGUAUCGACUGAUGUCAAAAGUAUUGCAGCAUGUUUCAUCGGUUGUAUGAUGUAACCAGUCUUAAGAAUGAUUUGUGAUCAUAGCACUGAAUGAAUGUGUGAAGUCACCGGUUAAAUUUGAUGUUAGAUUUAUUUGCCUUGACGCCUUGUGUUCUAUUGUACAUUAAUUUCCAUUUAAUGGCAUUACUUUGUUUCAUUAGAUAAUAAAUAAUUUGUUCUUAA